GUGAAGUUCCAUCCGCAGAACUCGCUUAUACUUAACAAGUGGAAGGGCAACGACGACGACACCGCACUCUUGGAUCUCGCGAACUUGUUGCAGGCAAUCGCUAUGUCAAAUGUGACGGACGUGAGGGAGGUGUUGACGUAUUACAGCCAAUUCAACGACCCAAUUGCCGCUUUUAGAGAGAACCAGAGGAAGCUGUUGGAACAGAUGGAGGAGAAAGAGAGGGAAACAAAGAACGCAGAGCAACCGCUCACGAGGAAUUGGUUGAGAAGCUUCACGAGACGCUAGUUCUGUAUUUAGUAUGAAUAGGGAGAGAAUGAAGUCACGUAUAUAAGUGGUAAAUUGUACAAGUCUGCCUCAUUACACAAAUAAUUUAUUACUUUAAAAUAAUAAAAUGAAAGUAAAAAUAAAAAACAAAAAAAAUGUAUUUUGUUUUCGCAAUAAGUAUUAGGACAUAAAUAGCUUCAGGAACUAUGUAGGGUUAUACAUGAAAAUCUUUGAAAAGAAACUAACUCGUAACCUUUUGCUGGUAUAAUAGUUUUUAAUCUGUUUAGAAACAAAUACAAGCUGAUGCUAUGAUGAUGAGUUUUGCCGAGAACUUGACCGGCGGCGGAUUGCUGCUCCUGUAUUAUUGUUUAAAUAAUGGUUUGAAUUGUAUCUUGAUAUAUAAAAGUGGUACGAUUUGAUGAGAACUAUUCGUGGAAACGGUGAUACAAGUGCUCCAAUGGUGAUGUUAAUCACAAGAUAAGGUGCUUGUCUGCUUAGGCGUCUGGAGAUACUAUGGCCAAAUGCCUGCUGGUUCAAGUUUCUAUCAAAAUCUCCCAAAAACUACGCAAUGUGACGCAUUAACAUAAUGUGAAGUAGUGUACUAUAAAGGAUUAUUAUCACUUGAUACUGAGAUAAAUGAACACUUAGCUUAAACGACAGGCAUCCAAACAAAAAAAGCUGCUGCUAUAGUAUGGAUAUGCUUAUCACACCAUAGAACGUUUAUUACACGAAAUUACAAUAAUGUUUUUUUUUUAAUUUAAAAUAAUUUGUUAUAUAAAAACACGAAUGAAAAAUAUUAACUAAUUAGUAAAUUAAUUCCUAGUAUUUAUGAAUUUUCCUAAUAUGUAUGCAAUAUUAAAAUUGAGGCAAUUAAAUAUGUUCAGUAAAUAUCGUUUAGAAGUGUUUAGAGUCCUUUGAGUUAGCUAAGUUGACUUUCUACAAUUCUUAACGCUAAUAGAAAACUUUAAAAUGAUUGGGAAUGACGUAUAUCUCAACGUUAAGUCACGUGUCUUAACUAUCAUUCCAUAUUGUCGCUGCCGGGCCGUUCUUUCGGUGAUACGCUUUCUUUAUAGAAUGGGAGUGACAAACGAGCACACAGUCCACCUGAUGGUAAUAAGAUGCUGUGCCCCAUAGGCAUUUACAUCUGUCCUCGAUUACGAAUCAAAAUGCAGAUGAGUUGUCACCCGUGAAGACUAAGAUGUAAUACCUCGUUUCCAGUAAAAUGGGUCUCCGGUUCUCUACACUCACCAUACAAAACACAGCAGCAUUGAGCUGCUAUUUUACGCUGCUAUUCUGUGAGAGCGUGGGCCUACUUCAGUCGAGCCGAAUUAUUCGUGCUACAAGUAUACUAUAGCCGUAGCGUGGCACUACCACGUACUCAGUAAUGUUCGCGUUAAAUUCGGGUGUUCUUGGCGUUACGCCAAAAUCGGAGUUCGCCACGACUAACGCUAAAGAAAACUAUAAAAAUGAAUGAAAUCAACGCGAAAUCACGUGGACACGUUAACGUUAUUAACUACACUUCCUUAACGUUCAGAAAUGUCAUUCUCAUUCCUUUUUUUAAUAGUUUUCUAUAGAGUUAAUGAUGGCAGGAAGUCAUUUUGGCUAACCCUGUUGAUGACCCUGUAAUCUUAAACUGUAAUCGGUGAUCAACGUUUUCAUGAAAACUGCCAUUAACUAAGCCCACAUUUGAGAAAUCUAUGGCCACUGACCAAAAGACUCAACUGGAAAUCACACUGUAGAAUCAGAUAUGUUAGACUUGACAGAAAGAAUUUGUGUUUAUGCACACUCAUGGGCGUGAAAUUCUACAUAAAAAGAAAACUGUACAGUAUAACUAAAAGAACUAAUGUAUUAUGAAAUAAAAACAAUUUACAAUUUCAUAUUAUUACAAUAAUUAUAGUUUAAGCAUGAUCCAGUAUGUGAGUCCUAAUGAACAUCAUCAUCAUUAUUACAGCCAGUUCUAUGGACUUCACAAGUCCAUAGAACAUAGGUCUCGUCCAAGGAAUGCCAUAAAGAAUGAUCCUGAGCCAUUUGCAUCCAUCGACUUCCUCCAAUCUCUUAAAAGGUCGUCACUCCAUCUAGUGAGGGUCGGCCUACACUUCUCUUACCAGUACGGUGAACAUGUUAAUGACCAGCGAUAUGAACAUUUAAAACAAAUUAACCUGGAUCAUUUAUCUAACAACUAUGGUUUUGGGCGAGUAUGCUCAAACUAUCAAUGUGUAUUGUGUACAUCUCUAGCGCCUAAUCCUAUUAUUGAACGCGACUGGCACGAACAUUGGCGUCUACUUUCUUAUUUUAAGACUGGUUUUCAUUAUUAAAAAUAAAUUUGUUGAUAAAAAAAAUCUUUUUGAUUACGUUACACUGAUACUUUAUUGUAUGUUCCUGCAUUUCUCUUUGACUUUGUGUAAAUAGAAUGGUACUUAAUAGAAUUUGCUAUUCUAAAAUUUUACAUAUUUACCGUAAUUGCUAUACAAAUUCAUUAAAAUGCAGUAUGUUCUAAAAUUUUACCUGCAUUUAUAAUACUCUUUUUACAGAAUAAUCCUGUCUACUUAGUCAAAUGUCUUAUAAAUAAGAGCUGUUAAUUAUAAGACAUUUGGCUAAGUACACAGACUUACAGCUUCUUGUACAAUGAAAUUGAAACAUUGUUAAUUGGAAAAAUAUGUUAAUAACUUGUUAUAUGUUGUGUUUCUGAAUUAAUGUGCAACUAUUAUAGUGACUGGCAGUGUGUCUGCGCGAGUAUGUAUAUGCGAUUUAGUCAUUUUAGUUAGGAAAUAUAGUUGUUUACA